CGCGGGGAGGGAAGGGGGCGGGGCGGCUGCCGGCCGUGGCGCGUGCGCGUGGCGUCACCGGCGGCCGGAGAAGAUGGCGGCGGCGGCGGCGGGGCUGCGCGUGAAGGUGCGGCACCUGAGUACGUCCGCGGCGAGGCCCGUCUCCAAGCUGGUCAAGCCCCCCAUCCAGGUGUACGGGCUGGAGGGCCGCUAUGCCACCGCGCUGUACUCUGCCGCCUCCAAGCAGAAGAAGCUGGACCAGGUAGAGAGGGAGCUGAGCCGAGUCUGGACUCUUAUGAAGGAUCCCAAACUAUCCAGUGUUGUUAUGAACCCUCAUACCAAGAGCACAGUUAAACAAAAAGCUGUAAGUGAUGCUUUAGCAAAAGAGAAGAUGUCCCCUAUUACUGUCAACCUGAUGAACUUGCUUGCUGAAAACGGUCGCUUGCGUUACACUCCAGAUAUUGUUUCUGCAUUUGGGAAGAUCAUGAGCGCAUACCGAGGAGAAGUGCUGUGCACAGUUACCACUGCCCAGCCUUUGGAUGAUGCUAGCCUUACUGAGCUAAGAAGUGCUUUGAAUGGAUUCUUGGCUAAAGGAGAGGUCUUAAAGCUGGAGACCAAGACUGAUCCAUCAAUCCUUGGUGGAAUGAUUGUCAAUAUUGGGGAGAAGUAUGUGGAUAUGUCAACAAAGUCAAAGAUCCAGAAACUCACCAAAAUCAUGAGAGAGACUGUCUAGCAAGCUGUCCUGAGCAUUCAUGAUGCAACCUGUCAGAUGAAUAUAAUAAAAUUACUACUUCUUGA